AAAAUCCAAUCCAAAUCCAAAUCGAACAAACGUCCAGCCAGCCAUGGAGCACAUUAUGAAUCCGUUCAUGUCACCCGCUUAUCUGCUCGGCCAUGGCCCACAUUCACAUUCGCAUUCGCAUGCCCAUACCCAUGCCCAUGCUCAUGCCCAUGGGCAUGUCCAUCCGGGAAUGGCCAGCGGCACCAAUUCGCCAGCCAGCUCGCCAGGUGGAUCCUCCGGCUCGGGUGCGGGCGGCCACAGCAGCAGCAACAGCUCGACAAAGCCCAAACGCUGGGGCUCGCCGCCCAUCAACCUGGCCGGACAGUUCAUCAAUCCGGCGACGGGCAAGAAGCGCGUCCAAUGCUCCAUCUGCUUCAAGACCUUCUGCGACAAGGGCGCCCUCAAGAUCCACUUCUCGGCGGUGCAUCUGCGGGAGAUGCACAAGUGCACCGUCGAGGGCUGCAACAUGGUGUUCAGCUCGCGCAGAUCCCGCAAUCGGCACAGCGCCAAUCCCAAUCCGAAGCUCCAUUCGCCCCACAUCCGCCGCAAGAUCUCGCCCCAUGACGGACGUACGGCCCAGCAGUUCCCCGUGUUUCCCGGCGCAGCUGCCGUCGCUGUGGCCGCCGCCGGACGCUUGCCGGCCGCCUUUCCCGGACUUCUGCCACCACCACCGCCGCACCACCAUGCGCACCAGUCGCAUCAUCAUCCGUCGGGUGUGGGCUAUGGACCGGCGAUGAUGUUCGCCGGCGGCCAUGGCUCCGGACUGCACAGCCUGGGACUGCUGUCCGCGGGACAGGAGCGAGAGCGUCUCUACGAGGAGGAUGUGGAUGGCGAGGGAGAAGGUGAAGGAGAUGUCGAUGCCGAGGGAGAUGGCGAUGCCGAUGGCGAUGACGAUGGUGUCUUUGUGUACGUGGACAUGCAUGCAAACAGCUCCAGUCCGGCUGCCUCCAGCCCAUGCCCCAGCGAAACGGAUGCGGAUGCGGAUGAGGAGAUGCACUGCAGCCUGAGCCUCACCAGCCACAGCAGCGCCAGCCCAGCGGUCGCCUGUGCCGAUGAGCAGCGUUCAGCCGAUGAGCCGCUGGACUUUAGCCUACACAAGCGACGCGAAACAGAGCCGGAGCCAGAGCCAGAACAGGAGCAGGAACCAGAGCGGGAAAGGGCAGGGGAACAGAUCAAGCGCUCGUCCAGCCCCUGUGGCGGAGCCUUCUCCAUGGAGCGCCUGCUGGGCAAGCGCAAGCGAAGCAACAGCAGUGCCUCCGCCUCCACGGGCGGCCACCCAGAGACGAGCAUCAAAAUGGAGAUGGAGCUGGAGCUGGAAAUGGACGGCGACAGCUCCGAGGCCUUGGCCGCGGCAUCCGCCUGCAUUGAUCUAUCGGCGCCACCGACCAGGAAGCACUCGCCCCAGCCCCAGCCCCAGCACCAGCCCCUGUCCCUGUCCCUGCCGCUCAGUCUGCCCAUGCCGCUGGCCAUGGAUCUGGAGGAGCAGCAUCACUUCCGACUGCUGCAGACGCAAAUGUUUGCGGCCGCUGCGGCUGCCGCUGCAAGCGCCUCCAGCCAACAGCAGCCAACGCCCAACGCCUUUCUGCCGCAGGGUGCCCUCGAGUCGCCCAAUGCCCCGCCCAUGUGGAGCCUGCUGUCCGAGGUGUACCGCUCGAUGCUGCUCAAGACGCAGCAGCAGCAGCAGCUGAGCGGCGGCCACCAUCACCACCACCACCACCAACACCAUCACCACAGUGGCCACCACCAGCAGCAGCCGCCGCAGCAGUCGCCAGCGCCGUACGGCGACCUGCCACCGACGAAUGCCGCCAUCUCCGUCUAAGCUUUUGGGAGUCAAGGCCGCGGGAUCCUUAGUCAAAUGUUUAUUAUUUUUUUU